AUCACCAAACUAGCUACAAGAAUGGAAGCAGGAAGAAGUAGCAGCAGGAAGCCUUAUUUGGUCGUUACUGUGAUACAAACAAUAUAUGCAGGCAUGUUCUUGCUCUCCAAGGCUGCAUUGAAUGGUGGCAUGAACACUUACGUGUUUGUGUUUUAUAGACAGGCUGCUGCAACUCUCUUUUUAGUUCCUCUUGCUCUUUUUCUCGAAUGGAAAACGGCGCCACCGCUGUCUUUCAUGACCUUCUUCAAGAUUUUUCUGCUUUCAUUUUUCGGGAUUACUGUAAGCUUGGACUUCUGCGGCGUUGGCCUUCUUUAUACCUCGGCGACUUUGUAUGCUGCAAUCAGAAACAGCCUUCCUGUCAUUACUUUCUUAUUGGCAGUUCUACUCAGGAUGGAAGUAUUGAAGCUAAGGACAACCUCAGGUGUGGCUAAGCUUGCAGGCAUAUUAUUUUGCACGGCAGGGGUGGUGACCCUGGCCGUAUACAAAGGCCCCCAUUUGAAUCUCCUGGGGCAUCAUAAUCUCUUUCAUCACCAUAACAUCCAAGAACAUGAAGGCCAUGUGCCAUCUGGAAAAACAUGGAUAGAGGGUUGCUUCCUCGUGCUGAUGGGCCACAUCUUUUGGGGCUUGUGGCUUGUGUUGCAGGCAGGAGUUAUGAAAAGCUACCCUUCAAUGCUUCUCUUCACAACUCUACAAUGCUUUCUAAGUUCAAUCCAGACGUUUGUCAUUGCCAUCGCUGUUGAGAGAAACCCCUAUCAAUGGAAGCUCGGAUGGAAUCUCAAACUUGUUGCAGUAGCUUACUGCGUGAUACUCUCAAGCCACAAUUUAAUCUCCUACUGUGGAUUAGUUUUAGAAUUUAAUUGGUAA